AUGCCUUCUAUGUCAACCUAUAUCAAAGCCAUCUCCGGAGGCGCAAUCCUUGUCAUAGGGGGCCCUGCGCUCGUAUGGUAUGUUACACCAACCGAGGAAGAAAUCUUCAAGAGGUAUAGUCCGGAGCUGCAGAAGAAGGCUCUUGCAGGAAGGGAGCAGAGACAGAAGGACUUUGACGCAUUUGUCGGUCAAUUGAAGGAGGCUUCGCGUUCAGACAAACCAAUCUGGGCUGCACAGAAGGAAAUGGAUGCGAAGAGGUCAGAGGCGGAACAGCAGCUCCGCAGAGAGGAACGGGACGCAUAUGCUGCUGAAAGCCGGAGAAGGCAAGCAGAGAUCAGAGAGAGCGCGAAGUAG